AUGAGAACUAUACCCAAGUUAACGUUUUCGAAGCUCGAUGAUGAGACAGGGAAUAAACUGGACCAGAUGUUCGAGAAACAGGACUGUAUGGUCGAGAUUAACCCUGGACGGGUUAUACUGCCAGCGGAUUACAUGACUAUCGGUCAGGAUAUACUGGAUAUGGAGGUGUUGGAAAGCGAUGUUUGGAUGCUCUCUUAUCCAAGAACUGGGUCGACAUGGGCUCAAGAAAUGGUUUGGUUGAUUGGUCACGAUUUAGAUUACGAAGGCGCUAAAUCUCUUCAGCAGAUACGAUGCCCUCUAGUGGAAUUGUCGUGUAUUAUGGUGGACGGUCAUGCUGAAUGGCACGACGAGUCAGUGAGAGGUACGUCGGUGGACCUUGUGAAAUAUCGUUUACCACAUCCUCGCUACAUUCGGAGUCAUCUACCCUGGGAUCUGUUGCCCAUUGACAUAUUGAAUGAGGACGGCUCCGUUAAGCCGAAGGUUAUUUACACGUCCCGUAAUCCCAAAGACAUGGUCGUCUCGUACUACCACUACUGCACUCUGGUUCACGGAUUAAAGGGCACUUUCGAGGAAUUUUGCGACCUCUUUAUGAGGGACCGAGCGCCAUUCGGUCCUGUGUGGAAUCAUAUACUUGGGUUUUGGAAUAGACGCAACGAUCCGAAUAUCCUCUUCAUCAAGUUUGAGGAAAUGAAGCGCGAUUUAGCAAACGUCGUCAGAAGGACCGCGAAAUUCUUAAACAAAACAAUGUCUGAUGAAGAUGUUUACAAGUUAUGUGACCAUCUGUCCUUCCAGAACAUGAAAACUAACCGUGCCGUUAACUUAGAAGCGAUUCUAGAAAAAUCCUUUGGCAAAAAUUAUCUAGAACAAACCUCGCUGAGAUUUAUAAGGAAGGGUGAAAUCGGCGAUUGGAAAAACUAUAUGUCGGACGAUCUGUCGAGAAAAUUUGAUGAUUGGGCCGAGCAAAAUCUCAAGGGCAGCGAAUUGAGUUUCGAAUAA